GCCAGUGCCCUCAUAGCAGAGAACGUAUAACACCUUCUCUAUGAUAUAUGUUCUCUGCUCAUAGUGAAAACCAGAACAACUUCCUAUUGCUUUCAAUUUAACUUUUUUUCAAUUUCUAUGUGAAAGAUAUAUGCAGUGGAAAAUUUUGAGUUACCAUUUAUGUUUCUCUUAUUUCUUAUGCUUAGCGUUAUUUUAAUGCUAGUCGGUUGACAAGCUUCAGACGUAAAUGAUAAAAACGAAAUCAACAACUUUCUAAUUUCUAAGGAGAGUGUUUUCACAUUUUCACUUCCUUUCCCAAGGUUAAAUACAAAGCUCUAAAGACACUAUGGAAUUAAGUUUAGAAAUUUGGUUGUGGAUAUCUCUUGCCGUUUUGGUGCAUUUUGGUGUAUAUGUAUUCGUCAUGCGUAAACGACCAAAAAUGCUGGUGGGACGUCAUGUGGUUAUAACUGGAGGCUCCCGAGGCAUAGGACUUUGCCUAGCCGUAGAAUGUGCAAUGAAAGGAGCUAAUGUAACCGUAAUUGCUCGUGAUGAAAAAUUCCUCAGUGGGGCUGUAGCGCUAAUGGAAGUAAUACGCCAAGUGCCGGAACAAAAAUUUCAGUAUCGUUGCCUUGAUAUUGCUUCGCACUAUGACGAUAUAGCAAAUACUCUUACAGAAGUUGAGGAGGAUUUAGGAGAUAUAUAUAUGUUAGUUAAUUGCGCGGGUAUGGCUAUUUGUGGUGUGUAUGAGGAUAUUUCAGUGGCCGAUGCGCGAAAACUUAUGGAUAUCAAUUAUUGGGGCAGUUAUAACUGCACCCGUUUUGUACUGCCUAAAAUGAAAAAGGCACGAGAGGGUAUCAUUGUAUUUACAUCCUCGUUAGCAGCUCUAUUCGGUAUUUACGGCUAUGGACCGUACACGGCUUCGAAAUAUGCUGUGCGUGGUAUGGCCGAAACCAUUGCAAUGGAAACGCGUCAUCUGGGUAUAUUGGUCACAUUAGCUUUGCCAGCAGAUACUAAUACGCCUGGUUUUGAAAAUGAGGAGAAGACAAAACCGAAAGAAACGAAAAUCAUAUCAGGUAGUGGUGGCUUGGCGGAACCAGAACAAGUGGCUAAACGAAUUCUUAACGAUGCUUUGUGCGGUAACUUCAUUUCGAUUUUAGGGGCUGAGAGUUGGUUCCUUACAUUACUGGGAGGGGGCCUUUUCCGUUGGGGUGGAUUUUUUCAAAAUUUAGUCCAUGCUUUGUUAUUGGGACCCCUACGUAUUGUCGGUUGCUUUUUACAUUUGCACUUCGAACGGGUAAUUAAGAAUUGUGCAAAGGAAAAAAAGGACUGAUGAGAUUCCAUUAUCGAUAUUAUUAAUAUUUAUUCAACGUACUUAAGAUUACGUUUAAUUAUUUACAUGUGUUCAGUGCCUUUAUAAAGACAGCACGAAAAAAAAAAAUUCGUCAUUCCGUUAUCCAUUUCUACAAUUGUAAAAAUUAUUAAAAACAUGACAAUAUAACAAUAUAAGCAUAAAUUAGCCAAAGAAUAAAAUCCUAAAA